UGUGUACUUCAUAUAUUUUAUAACAGAAGUUCUGUUUACUCUUGUGAUGAAUGGACAAAGUAGAAACAACCUUCGAAACUAUAUCCUAAAUUCACUGGUACUUUGUUUGUCGAGGUUCUGUUCUUGCUCGGAGCUACAGGAGGGAGCUGAAUACCACGUGUGAUCUUGAAGCCUCCCCCAAAGUUCGGUGGCGCGAACCUCAACCCUGCCACAAUUCACGCCACGUCUGCUCUUCAACCACCUCAUUCUAAUCUGCCAAAGUGAUAAAUAGCCUCAUAUAUAACUAUCCGUUACUAGUUAUCCACAAUUUCACUGAGAAAGACGCUCAUUUACUUAGCCCACCAUGUCUGAACGCAAAGUGCUCACAAAGUACUAUCCCCCGGACUUCGACCCGUCCGUCAUAACGCGGACACCUAAACACCUACGGGCAACGGGUCCCAAGCUCCUAACAGUCCGCCUGAUGGCUCCAUUCAGUCUAAAAUGCACAAAUUGCGGUGAAUACAUAUACAAAGGUCGCAAGUUCAACGCGCGCAAAGAAACUACAGAAGAAAAAUAUCUAAACAUCCCCAUUUAUCGCUUCUAUAUUCGCUGCACUCGGUGCAGCAGUGAAAUAACCUUCAAAACCGACCCCAAGAACAUGGACUAUACGUGCGAACGCGGUGCUAAGCGUAAUUUUGAGCCCUGGAGGGAAGCCAAGGAAAGUGAGGUCAAUGAAACAAUGGAUGAGACGCUGGAUAGGUUGGAGAGGGAGGAGGGAGACAAGGAAGAGAGGGAAGAGCGGGAUAAGAUGAUGGAGUUGGAGGAGAAAAUGCAGGAUUCGAAGCGCGAGAUGGCAGUGGCGGAUGCUUUGGAUGAGAUUCGGACGAGAAAUGCGAGGAUUGAGCGGGGGGAGAGAGGGGCUGGUGAAGAGGCGGCGUUGCUGAAGGCACAACGAGAGGCGGACGAGGAGAAACUUAGGGCUGAGAGGGAGGAUGAGGAGGCUGCGAGGAGGGCAUUUAUGACAGAUGGUGGAGAGAGGGUUAAGCGACUAGUGGAGGAUGAAGCCUCUUCAUCGGGUGGGGCGACACCGGCUGUUGAGAAGUCCGAUAUGCCACCACCUCCCUCGUUUGCUAGGGUGCGAAAACCGAAGAAACCGUUUAACGCCGGUCUUGGGAUUAAGAAGAAGCCGCCGCUGGUUUGAAGUUCGUUUAUGGUUCAUAGUACUUGCAUCUGGUCUCGAGCAUAUCUGGGCGUUUAUCACUGCGGUUGGAGCAUUGUCAUUGGAUACAUACCAAGGGAGUUAUACAAUUCAUCAAUAAAGGAUGUGAAAUUUUUGUUUUUUAAGUAUGUUCUAAGCCAGUUGGAUAUGAUGUAUGAGUAACAUUUAUAGAGAAAUUUAAAUGUAAUUUCAUCAAUACAUACAGAUAAAUAAAUACUAAAAUUAUUCCUAGGCCUCCAUAGAAUUAACCCCACAAACCCCUGACGCCACGCUGAGCAAUGAUAGACAGACCAUUGCCUGCAUUUUCCGUCCCCAGUUCAUUUCAGAGCCGUCAUUGCGUUUUACAGUAUUCGAAAUAAAAAUAAAAAACAAUAGGAGGUUGUUACUAACAAUAAACAACUGAAAGGUAAAAAAGUCGGAUCAAUGUUUUUAAAAAAUAGUACAAAGGAAGUUAGAAAUUGAUAGAAAGAGAAAUCACAA